GUAUGGACGUUACGCACGGUGGGGAUGCACGGCACUUCCGGGUGGAGAAGACGCCGCGUUGUGCUGGGCGCAGCAUCCAGAGAUACAAAGAAGAGGGCAGCAAUGGCCGAGAUAUCUCUGUAUCUCACUAGCGUUAAUGUGUCUAUAGGGCAGACCACGGAUGUGGAGCAGACUCGGAGUCCUAACCACGCUAAAGACUUUGAGAGUGUUGAACUGGGGGAGCAGGACAGGAGAGAGGAGCAGCAGCAGAGAGAGAAGGCUCCUCGCCGUAUCAUCCAUUUUUCCAGUGGGGAGACCAUGGAGGAGUACAGCACCGACGAGGAGGAGGCAGAGGACAAGGAGCCGGAGAGGAAAGACCUGCUGUCCUCCCCGGCUGAUGCGGUGAGGUCAAAGUUGACCUGGGGUCCAUACUUCUGGUUUCACAUGUGGAGAGCCGCCACGUCCACCAUCUCAGCCUGUGACUACCUGGGGGAGAGGAUGGCUUCUUUCUUUGGGAUAACAUCAGCCAAGUAUCAGUAUGCCAUUGAUGAAUACUACAGGAUGAAGAAAGAGAGGGAGGAAGAGAAAGAGGAAAACCGCCUGUCAGAAGAAGCAGAACGAUCCUUUGACCAGCUACAGUCUCCGAGAGAUGAUGAAGACGAAGCGAUCACCAUGACAGGCCAGCCAGAGGUGGCCGCCGCUCACCCUGACGUGACCUAUCAGAUCGAGAACGAAAGUCAGGCACCUGCGAGCGCCAUCACAGUCCCUUCCAUCAUCACCGCAACCUAACCUAAUCCACAGAAAUGGAUGUUUUGCACUUGUCUGUCUGUUUGUUAAAGAGGGAACUCUGUCUGUUUCACUGAGCACCAUUUGGUUUGUGUACGACACAGCUUUAGGUGGGCAGUGCUGCUGUAUUGUGGUUGAUUGACGAGGACAGUUACGGUGGAAUGACUCCUCUGACGACUCAGUGUCUCUCUGCAACAGCGUAGCAAAUGAUAAAGUAACUGCUGCGUAACGGAGCAACAUGUUUGGAUCUUUGGAUAUCCGGAAAUUCAGAAGUGUCUUAUGAAAAACACACAAUAUGAGCCAGAAAUGUUACAGUAUGUGUCAGUUUCUCUGCUAAUGCAUAGUUUGCAGAACCUUGUUGGCUUGAUAGUUAUUACAUCACGCAGCAGCUUGCAUUAUCAGUCGCUACAGCAACCUUCAAAAUUUGAACGUUUGCCGUGGAGUGAAGGUUAAAUGUUGGUCCCCUGUGCCUCAGACGGACCGGACACUGUGCCUAAAUCACCAAAUACACGCCAAGUCAGUGACAGAUCUGAAAGAUGCAUAUGUUUGAAAAUGUCUGAAAGCGUUUGAAGACACAAAAUAGCCUUUGAUUGGGAGAGUACACUCCAGCCUUUUCAAAUAUUUAAUGCAGCUUUUACAUCCAGAUCUGGUCAAACUGGUACAUUCUUGAUACACCUUGCUGCACUAAAGAGCUGUCCAUUUUAACACUCCCUCGUGUUUAUUUGAUCUCUGUGUGGUUUUUUUUUGUAUUAAUGCUUACUAAGCUGGCAUUGCACUGGAUGUCUGUGCAGCACUGAGCAGAUUUAGCCUUGGAUAUCAAGUCAUCUCUGGACCACGAUACUGACUGACGUUUUGUUAAAACAACAAUGAAAACGGGUGUAGGUCUUCUAUGUUGCUCUUAUUAUCUGCCUUAUCUGCUAUGGCCAUAAGCGUAGUAGAUGUGGUGUGUAUGCCUUUGAUAAUGGCAGGGAGCAUUGUUACACUAAGUCUGUAUAAAGACUUAACCUGACAUUUUUAACUGUUUUUAGUACAAUUUUUGAUAUUUGUGUAUUUAUUUUAGUGAACUGACAGAUCACUUAAUUUAAGCAUUUUUCUAUUGAUUUAGUAACACUGUAAUGAACUGUUAAUAAAAUCAUAAUUAUUGUUGUA